AUGGGUUCUUCGAAAUGUCAAUUCAUCUUCAGGAUUGCCCUGGUCCUAGUUAUCGGAGUCGCUCUAGCUGCGGCAUCUCUUGCCCCAGGAAUUCUCCCAAAUGAGGAUAUAAAGUGUAUUAAGGAUGAAUUCUUUAUUCAAACAGAAGGAAUUAACGAUUAUUUCGCUACACAUCCAAUAAUGCAAGAUGCGUUCAUGAUUUUCUGUGGAUUAUGCAUGGAUGUCACCAUGGUUGUUGGCUUAGUAGUUUUUGCGAUCCAUGGUAAAACCUGGAGACUUCCAAUUACCCUGGCCAUGUUCUAUUUCUUAAGAUUUUUUAUACAGAAGACUUUCUUAAUGAGGUUUCCGGAAGGAUACUUGUGGAGAUACCCUGGUUUCCCAUCCCUAGUGGUGCCUUAUGGUCAAACAAAUGAUUUCUUCUACUCAGGGCAUGUUGGAGGAGCACUCAUAAUGACACUGGAAUACAGAACAUUGGCUACAGAACUCUCAAACCAUAAAAUGAUGAUGAGGGCGAUGCAAAUUUUCGGAUUUUUGACUAUUAUUUCCCAAAUUUUCCUCAUGAUAUUUCUUAGAGGACAUUACAGCAUCGAUAUGAUAACUGGACUCAUAGUUGGCCACUAUUUCUACAUAAUCGCUUGUUUGUGGGCUCCAUCAUUCGAUUCGAUGUGUUGAAAAAUGAGGAAGAAUCCUGAGGCUGAUAAACUGAUAGACAGAUCAAAAGGGGAUAGUGAGACAUGGGGUUCAGGAGCUCACAACCAAAAGUCUCAAAUCAGACCUAAUUAA